AGCCUGGUCCGUACGAGCGGAUAUGGCAGUCUGAUUAGCUCAUCCCCGCGUCUCUGAGAACCGCUCUCAUGUCUGCUGUGGCCCCUCUAGAAGCCAUGCCCGACUCAAAGAAAGACUGGCACCCAGGCUCCGAUGAGAGAAUACUCGACCUCGUCCAUCCAUCUCUUUACCCGGUUGUUUAUGGACGCACCGUCUCCAAUGCAUCUGGAACCCCACUGACGCCGCGGACGUCGAGUAUCGUCCACAAAAUGUUCGUCUCGGAGCACUUCCAAUGGCUGCCCUCGGACUUCGACGUCGCGUACGACGGCACUGUCACGCUCGCGUCGCCAUACAUCAACAAUAUACACCCGGAGCACCAUAAGCCGCUCAUGGGCGUGAUCCCGAAAGUGCUCAAGAUGGCAGUUCCAAUGUUCGAGUGGGUGCUCUCUGAGCUCGCGCGGAAACGCCAGCUCCCGACGCGUCUGGACUACAGAGGCAAGGGUUCUCUCGGAUGCGUUUGGGAAGAAGGCAGUGAGCCGUACCCAGAUAACAAAGCCGACGACGUCAUGUCCUCGAAAAUCGACGUCUUCUGUUGCGUUGUGAGCAAGCCUUGGGCGGCUGAGUGCGACCGCAUGUGGAUCGCUGCCCGCAAACGCUGGAAGGAGGAGCACCGUAACGGCGAUGUCAAGUUCAAAUUUGAACCACUGGAGUAUGAGCUAUUCCCGGAUUAUCCGCAUCACGAUUAUGUACGCCGGUGUCUGAGUGAAUGGUGCGACACGCUGCCGCAUAUAUGGCCGGAUAGUAAGCCGGCGUAUGAGGAUGGGCUUGCGAGGGUUCAGAAGAGGGUUAGUCUGAAGGGGAGACGGUUGCAGGUGAUAGUAAAAUUGGCGAAUAUUAUGUUGACGACAGAGAAGCCGCAAUACAGAGGUGGAACAUGGCAUGUGGAAGGCAUGGAUAAUGAGGCGAUCGUGGCAACAUUCAUAUACUAUUAUGAUUGCGAGAACAUCACCGAGUCUACACUGUCCUUCCGCACCGCGACGCAACAACCAAAGUAUCAUGCAAAAUACGACGACUACUGCAUGGAGCACCUCUAUGGCAUCAGCGACGACGAGCCUUGUGUACAAGUAGUCGGAUGUGCGGUGACGAAAGAGCACCGCUGCCUCGCCUUCCCGAACAUCUACCAACACCUCGUCUCACCUUUCCGCCUCAAGGACAAGUUCAAGCCGGGCCACCGUAAGAUUCUCGUAUUUUUCCUCGUCGAUCCCAACGUCAAAGUGCCGUCCGCGUCCGACGUCGGCCCGCAGCAGGAGGCGUGGAUCCGAUCCGCUUUGGGGACCACGCAGCUGUGGCAGAGGCUGCCCUCAGAACUGCGUGAAAUGGUUUUGGAGGAGCUGGCUGCGGUGACGGAGGAACAGGCGAAGAAGUAUAGAGAGGAGCUGAUAGAGGAGCGGACAGCAUUUGUGCAGACGGUGGAUGAAGAGAGGUUCGGGAAUACGUUCGAUUUGUGUGGGCAUUGAGUGUGGUGAGAGGCCAAGUCGCACCAAC